AUGACAGAAAAUGACCCCUCAAAUUUCUUAAAACAAAGAAUAAGCAAUCUGAAAAACAUAUUGGCUAAGGAAAAUGAGAUGCCUAAAAUUGAUCAAAUCUUUAAAUAUGAAUUAAAAACCAACUUCACAGAAAUAAAUGAUUUAUUACAUUAUAUGAAUGGAAUAAUUUAUAAAAAUUUGGACACCUUUCAAAAGUUAAAGCUUCUGUAUUCUUAUGAUGAUAACAACUGUUACAAUAAUUCAGGCAUUAAUCAAAACACUUUUUUAUUUUUAUUAAAGCAAAAAAGUAAAUUUAGAGAAAAGUAUAUAAAUGAAAAUUAUAUGGAUUAUUUAAGAACAAACCCAUUAAUUUUUGUUGACACACUUAAUCAAUUAUUAAUAAUACCAGGAAUCAAUUUUGAAUUUAAGGCUUACAACUUUGAUGAAAAGGUCAAUAAAUUUUUUGUUAAAAAACCAGACAUUAAAAUUAAUAGUUUAUAUAAUCCAUGCUUCAUUAAAAUAAAAGAGUCUAAUUUUAAAAAUAUUGUUAAGAUAAAUCGGAAAGUAGAAAAAAAUUCUAAAAAAAAUGAACACCAAAUUGAACAUUAUUUUGCUAAAAGAAGUUCGGUACCUUCUAUCACACAAAAAUCAAAAAUCGAAUGUGAUUCAAAAGAAGAUAAUCUCAUUUCUAAAGACGAUUUAACAAUAGCAACUAAUUCAUCAUGCAAAAAUUAUGAUGCUGAUUUAAGCAGUAAUAAUGAAACAAAAAUAUAUAAUGAAAUUUGUGAUAAAGGUGAGUUAGAUGAUAAUCUUAAUACAAUUAAACAAGAUAGCAAUAGUACCACCAAAAAACAUAGUAAUGAAAGUGUUAAUACUAUCGAUGAUAAGGAAAUAAAAUAUGACUGUAGAAAAGAAAAAAGACCACGACGAAGUUUUAGCAUUUCCACUAAUGCAGAAAGCAAUGUCAAAACUAAUACUAAAAAAACGAAAGGAAACUAUAAUAGUAGUGUAAAAAGGAAAUACGAUAAAGUUUUGGGUUGCAAAAAAUUAAAAAAAGGGGACGAAGAGGAAAUUGAUGAGUUUGAGGGUGAAGAUGAUGAAGAAGGAAAUAGCUUAAAUAAUGAUGGGCCAACCAAACAAAGUAUACAUACAUUUUAUGAUUUGAUAAACGAAUACGAAAUAUAUAUAAACAAUGCUAAAUGCUAUAUUAUUUUUGAUCUAAAAGGUUAUUAUAAAAAUUUAGAUAUUAUGAAAAAAUUAAAAAAAAAUUUAGAAGAUUUAAAAAGGCCAACUAAUGAUUUCAAAAAAAUUAUAGACAAAAAAACUUUUAAGUCAUAUAGGGAUAAAAUCGAAUUUGUAAAACGAUUUAAAAAGUUUAUUAUUCCAAACUUUCGAUUAGAAAAGAUAAGAAAGCAAAGAAACCAUCUAAUUAUUGUCGAAUUAAUGUCUAAGAUACAAAACCGAUUAAUAAUAAAAAGGCUGAACCAAGAAUUAACUAACAAAGUAAAUCUUGAAAAUUUAGUAAAUGAUGUGCUCAAAAUGUUUUCUGUCUUUGUGGAAAAUAUGAAAGACGAAAAUGUUAAGAAAUUUUAUACGAAUAUGAUUAAUACUUAUUUUCGUAAUAAAAAUAUAUCUUCUAUCGAUUUUAAAAAUUUAAUACAAUUAUUUAAAAAAAAAGAGGAACAAGAGAAAAGCCAAGAAUUUUACGAUUUGUUUCAAAACGAUUUGAAUUAUUUAGAUAAAAACAAAACUCAAUGUGAUGAAAUAGAAGAGAAGAUUAGUUCCUUAAAAUAUUUAAUUUUAGAAUCAAUAUUAAAAGAAAAGCAAUUAGAAAGAUCAGUUAACAGAUUAUUGUUAAACCAUGAACAAUCAAAAUAUGGAUAUUUCUAUAAAGUAGACCAAAGUGAUGAAAAUACAUUAGAUACUACUGAAUAUGGAAAAUUGUUAGAAAACUUUUCUAAAGAACCCAUAAACUUUUAUACAAUUUUAAGUAAACGAAAUUUAGACAAACAUGCAUAUCAUGAUAUUAGAAAUUUUAAUUAUAAAAAAAAAGAUAUCGAUAUGUCAAAACAUGAUGCAACUAAUUCAAGUAAUAACCAAGGAAAUUAUAAAAAAAAUAAACAAUUAUCGGAUAAUUGCAAAUUCAAUAUGGAUUGUAACCAAAGAAAAGACGAAAAUAAUAAUUACAAUAUAAAUGAGCAAAUAACUUCUAGUAAUAAUCCUGAAAAUAACGAUAACAAUUCAUCAUGCAAUAUAAAGGAUUCAGUAUUAAUUACAAGCGACAAAAAAACAAAUAAUACUGAUUGCCAAAUAAUUGAUAAUAAUAAUAUGCUUAAUUACCAAAAAAACAUAGGACAAAGUAAACCUCAAAAUGAAAAUAACUACAACACAAAUGAAUAUUAUAAAUGCAAAAUUAAAAAAAUACAAACCGAUACAUCAAAUGAAAAAAAUAACGAAAAGAAUUUUGUACUGGAACAUGAUUUUGAUAAAAAACAAAAUCGCUCACAAAUAGGUGAAAAUAAAAGUGUUGACAAAUCAGCUACAACCAAUGAUAGCGAUCCUGUAACUCAACAAUCUAGUCACCAAAAUACGAGCCAAAUAAAUUGCUGUAUUGACACAAACAAAAAUAUAAAAGAAUCGCACUUUAAAAAAUCAAAUAGCUAUGAAGACAAAAGACAAAUAAAUCUCAAAGCUAAACAUAAAUUCGAACGAGAUGAUCCCGUCACUGAAUGUGGAUACGAACCAGAAACUGAUAUAAUUAGAUCAAUAUGUGAAAAAAAAAAAUUCACUUUUGCUAAUGAAAAACAAGAAAAAAUAAAUAAUGAAAUAUUUUAUAAAGUAUUUGAGCAAUAUCCAUAUAGUUUUUUUUCUAAAUCAGUCAAAAAUUAUAAUGCCAUUUUAAAUGAAAAUGAAGAAGAAUCUGAAUUGUCAUGGUUGACAAUGCUAAAAAAGAAAAGUCAUAAUAGAUCUAUUUUACCACCAAGUAGAGAUACAUUUAGAGACGGAACCCACUUUUCUAAUUGCAGGGCAACUGAACACACAUUAAAAUUUUUCUUGUCGCUUUUAUCAUUGCUAACAAAAGGAGACAUCGACAUCAAUUUAAAAAAGUACUUGAAAAAAAAUAUCCAAUUUUUAAAUACCGAAUUAUUCAGUAUGAAACUUAAUUUAGAUAAAAAAAGAGCUAUACUUGAAAAGCGAUUAGAUCAUUUUAAUUUUCAAGAGAAUUCGGAAUUUUCAUUUUAUAACCCAUUAAAAAUGAAUAUAAGAAUGAUGAACUUAAUAGGACGAGGUGGGUUUGCUGAAGUAUGGGAAGUUUUUGAUUCCAUAAAUUUAGAAAUGUAUGCAGCAAAAAUUCAUAAGAUUGAACCAAGUAUGACGAAUGAAAUCAAAAAUAAAAUAAUUCAAAGGGCAGAAAAUGAAAUAAAUAUACAUAUACAUUGUCAUAGACACAUCUUCAUUGUAAAAUUAGAAUUUUUCUUUGUUUUUGGAUCUGCAACUAAUUUGCUAGUUGGUAUGGAAUUAUGUGAUGUCGAUUUAGAUAAAUAUAUUAAAUAUCAUGGCCCAAUUAAUGAACUAUUAGCAUUAUCAUGGAUUAAACAAAUAUUACUUGGAUUAUUAUAUAUGAAAAACUUACCUACAGGUAAGGUUCAUCAUUGCGAUUUAAAACCAGCUAAUCUUCUUAUAAAGGAUGGAAUAAUAAAAAUAUCUGACUUUGGAUUAGCUAAGUUAAUUUUACCCGAUACUUAUCAAUAUUAUAAUGGUGGUGGAACUUUAUAUUACCAACCCCCUGAAUGUUUAAAACCCAAAAGAAAUUUACUUAUAACAGAUAAAAUUGACAUAUGGUCAUUGGGGUGCAUUCUUUAUGAAAUGAUUUUUUGUGAAAGACCUUUUCAAUUUAAUUACCUUGAAAAGUGUUCAAAAGAGUUAUUAGUUAAUAAAAUGAAACGAGGUUUAUCAUACCCCAAAAUUAAUCAACAUAUAUCAAAAAUAACUUUAAAUUAUAUAGAAUAUUUACUAAAUUUUGAUCAUGAAUGCCGACCAUCGAUAGAAGAAGCCCUAAGUUACCCGAUUUUUAAUUAUUUUAACAUACCUUGA